AAGGAGGAAAGGAAUAGAAAUAAGUUCGUGGGCCCUUUAACAACAGAGAAAGGAAAAUUUUUCUUGGACGGGCUGUCUUUGGCAAGCUACGACCCUCCCAAUCAAUUUAACAAAGCAGGUGGAGCAGGGGAGGAAAGGAAGAGGGGGAGAGAGAUGGGGGGGAGGGGAAGAGGAGAAGGGGGGGAGAAGGAAAUUGGAUUGUCCAAAAGGUGGGCAAUCGUGGAUCGAAUCUCUUACAAGCCCAUAAUGGUGGUGGUAAGUAGUUUGACUGUACUUGUCAGUCGGGGUCUUGUAGCCGUAGCAGGAGAAAAUAUAAAUAAAAAAAGGAUGGUCGAAAUUGCAUUUUUGUUAGCCCAAAGGUUAUUCUCUUCAACCCAUCUCCAUUGAAAAGCAACAGGGUUGAUCCGAUAAAGAAUACCAGGUAAGUCAUACAUAGGGAUAAACACUCCUAAUAACAGGAUCCCU